GCUUGCCGAUGCUGGCUUGUUCUCCGUUACUUCUUUACAUCUUGUAGUUCUACUUCAGUGGGGAUGGGUCGGCCUUAACAUGUGUCGGACGAUGACUAAUCUACCCUUGUCUACAUAAGCUGGCUCGAAUCGAUCUUUCUCGUUCUACUAUCACGAACAAUGGCUCAUCACGCUCUAUCUCUACCUCUAGCCACCAUCCUCGCGGUGGCGGUGGCACUACUACUAGCCCGCCGCGCUGCGGGUUACCCGUGGUAUGUGUGCGGCUCAAGCAGCAACUUCGUGGCUAACAGCACAUACCAGGCUCAUCUCGACUUGGUCACCGCCACCCUUCCCAAGAACGCCUCCUCGUCCCCGGACCUCUUCGCCACCGCCGUCGUCGGAACCAUCCCGGAGCAGCUCUGGGCCAUGGGGCUCUGCCGCGGCGACGUCAACGCCUCGACAUGCUUCAACUGCCUCACCCAGGGCUUCCAAGAGGUACCCGACGAUUGCCCCUACGACAGGGACGCUAGCAUCUACUACGACUUCUGUACGGUGCGCUACUCCGACGUCCACACUCUACGCAACGACGACGACACUGGCCCGAUGAUAAACACGUACGUCGAAACCAACGACGGAAAUGUCACGGCGGCGGACGCGGCCCGGUUCAAGAGACUCCUGGCCGACCUCAUCGACGCCACCGUCGAAUACGCCGCCAACAGCUCCCGGCGGUUCGCCACCGGGGAGGCCGACUUCAACGGCCAGGAGACGACCAUCCCCAAGGUGUACAGCGUGGCUCAGUGCACGCCGGACCAGACGCCGGCGGAGUGCCACAGGUGCCUCGAGAGGAUGGUGGAGGCUACCCUGGAGGCGUUCAACGGCAGCAUCGGAGGCAGGGUGCUUGGGGUUGAUUGCACCUACCGGUAUGAGACCGCGCCCUUCUACAACGGACAGGCCAUGGUGCGGCUGGCACAACCAAGCUCUAGUAGAGCGCCGGCGCCAGCGCCGGCUCUGCAGCCGACGGCCGCCGGAGAAGGGGGACGAAAGCACCGUGUGUCUUGGGUGGUUCUUGCAGUUGUGCUACCAACUCUAGCCGCCAUGAACCUUGUUGCCUGCCUCUAUUUGCGGCGGCGCCGGCGACUACUAAUUGGACAGGCCAAACACCAAAAGCCGCCCAUGUAUUACACUGAAGCAGAGGACACCGAAAUGGUGGACUCCAUGAUGAUGGACGUCUCCACCCUACGAGCCGCUACUGGGGAUUUCAAUGAGAGCAACAAGCUCGGCGAAGGCGGCUUUGGUGCCGUGUACAAGGGUGUCCUCCCAGAUGGCGAGGAAAUAGCGGUGAAGCGUCUGUCUAGCAGCUCAUCGCAGGGAGUGGAGGAGCUAAAGAACGAGCUCGCUCUAGUGGCCAAGCUGAAGCAUAGGAACCUCGUCAGGCUCAUCGGCGUCUGCCUAGAGCAGCAAGAGCGGUUGCUCGUGUACGAGUUCGUCCCCAACCGGAGUCUCGAUCUGAUACUCUUCGGCACUGAUAAUCGUGAGCAGCAGCUUAGCUGGGAGCAGAGGUACAAGAUCAUAAACGGCAUCGCUCGAGGCUUGCAGUACCUCCAUGAGGACUCCCAGCUCAAGGUGGUGCACCGUGAUCUCAAGGCCAGCAACAUCCUGCUAGAUGAGAGCAUGAACCCCAAGAUCUCAGACUUCGGCAUGGCCAGGAUCUUUGGCCAAGAACAGACGCAGGCCGUCACCAGCCGCGUCGUCGGCACCUAUGGGUACAUGGCACCGGAAUACAUGAUGCGGGGGAACUACUCCGUGAAGUCGGACGCGUUUAGCUUCGGUGUCAUGGUGCUGGAAAUCGUAACGGGUCGGAAGAACAGUAACGAAGGCUGCAAUCUCUUGACCACAGUAUGGAUGCACUGGGAGGCCAGAAAGAUGGCAGAGUUGGUCGAACCGAGCAUGGGCAACAGUUUCCCGGAGGGCGAUGUGCUGAGGUGCGUCCACAUCGGCCUGCUGUGCGUCCAGGCAGACCCUGCGGCCCGGCCGGUGAUGUCGUCUGUCGUGAUGAUGCUCGGCAGCGAUACGGUCACCCUCCAGGUUCCAUCCAAGCCGGGAUUCUUCGCCAGGAACAACAGCGCCAACACAGCCGCGUCGACAGUGUGACUGAAUGGUAACAUAUAUGUACCGUUACCCUGUUACCAAAAUGUAUGCAUGAUAUCAACUAAUAAGCCGCGUAAGCUUGAUUCAACAUGAAAUUUUGCAUACGCUUACUAUAAAAUGUGCAAACACAUGGUUGAUAUGUGUCCAUGUAUAAGUGAUGAAUGAUUGUAGUGUGCGUGAGACUAACUAUGGCCUGAGAUGUGUGUGCAAUAUAUGCCUCUUGGCUUGUGAUGUA